UUGGGUUCUUCGAGUGAAAAGUGUUGCUGUGCAAAAUCUAGCAAGAAACCUAGCAGGAGAUCUACCAGUCCAAAUAAGGAGUUCGUGUCUCGGAGCCACAGGACCUUCGCUGUUGUCGUUAGGCUACGAUCUGCUAAGAUGACAGAGCUAAGGCACCGUGGAGCCAGAGACACCGACCCAGCGUUACAAGAGCAGCCGUCAGAGGACAAGGGUUCAGACAGUGAGCUGAAGGUGGAAAAAGAUGGUGUGUCAGACAGCGAGUCCAAGGUGGACUCGGGGGUCCCAGAGGUGCCGGUCACUUCUGAUGACACCCCCGUGGUACUAAACAAGGCCUUGUCUGGACUCUCCUCAAGAUGGAAGAACUGGUGGGUACGAGGUAUCCUCACACUAGCUAUGAUCUCCUUCUUCUUCAUCAUCAUCUACCUGGGCCCCAUGGUGCUUAUGAUGAUUGUCCUCUGUGUUCAGAUCAAGUGCUUCCAGGAAAUCAUCACCAUCGGUUACAGUGUGUACCACUCCUACCACCUACCCUGGUUCAGGACAUUGAGCUGGUACUUCCUGCUGUGUGUGAACUACUUCUUCUAUGGUGAAACUGUGACAGAUUACUUCUUCUCACUGGUGCAAAGGGAGGAGCCGCUUCGCAUCCUCAGCAAAUACCAUCGCUUUAUCUCCUUUGCCCUCUACCUCACAGGUUUCUGCAUGUUUGUGCUGAGUUUGGUGAAGAAGCACUACCGGCUUCAGUUCUACAUGUUUGGUUGGACCCAUGUGACUCUGCUGAUUGUGGUGACUCAGUCUCACCUUAUCAUUCACAACCUGUUCGAGGGGAUGAUCUGGUUCAUUGUACCAAUUUCCUGUGUGAUCUGCAAUGACAUUAUGGCCUACAUGUUUGGCUUCUUCUUCGGCCGCACCCCUCUCAUCAAGCUGUCACCUAAGAAGACAUGGGAGGGAUUCAUCGGUGGAUUGUUCUCCACCAUCGUGUUUGGCAUCAUGCUCUCCUACGUGAUGGCCGGCUGGCGCUACUUUGUGUGUCCAGUGGAAUUCAACAACGACUCCAACAGUUUCCAGGUGGACUGUGAGCCAUCAGAUCUUUUCCAGCUCCAGGACUACGCCUUGCCCAGCAUCCUGGAGUCUGUCACUGGAUGGACCACAGUGCGUCUCUAUCCGUUCCAGAUCCAUAGCAUUGCUCUCUCCUCCUUUGCCUCCAUUGUGGGACCUUUCGGUGGCUUCUUUGCCAGCGGCUUCAAGAGAGCCUUCAAGAUCAAGGAUUUUGCCAACACUAUCCCGGGUCAUGGUGGCAUUAUGGACAGAUUUGACUGCCAGUACCUCAUGGCCACAUUUGUUAAUGUCUACAUUGCUAGCUUCAUCAGGGGCCCCAACCCCAGCAAGGUGAUCCAGCAGCUCCUGGCCCUCCGUGUCGAUCAGCAGCUCCACAUCUUCAAUUCCCUGAAGGCUCACCUGACAGAGAAGGGCCUGCUGCCAGCGCUGGAGGAGGCCGCCGCCUAGAGCCACCCGCACCGGCUCGCCCUGAGAGGGAGACCAGAGAGGAAGGGCAGCACCCGAGGGCCCCGCGUAGCCCCAAAGCUCUGGGAGACUCGUGGUGCUUUGUGUGAGCGAGGAAAAACAAAAUGAACAACAACAACAACAAAAAACUACAGCCAUGGGUCAUUCCAUUUCUUCUGGGUGUGAGGGUGGAGCACGUUUGUGUCCAUAAUCAUGUGAAUCAUGUUUCUGACACCAGUGUUUUCAGGUUGUGUUAGUGAAUUACUGUACUGUCACACAUUUCCAUUAUAGCCAACAUGUAUCUAUUCACACUGUUUGACAAAAUGUUGGUCAGCUGUACAUUUCUAUCCGUUUACAGGAUAUCCUCUAUAUACCUAUUAAUGUGUUAUAUUUUAUUGAAAUGUUUGUUUUGUUUUAAUGCACUGCUCUCAGCCCUGUUAUCACUGUAUUGUAAUCCAGCUGCACCCCCUCGCCAAAUUUAAGUUUUAAUUUUCUUUGUUGUGAUUGUUUCUAUUUAUACAUAGAUGGUUUUUAUAUUUGGUAUGUUCUACUAUAUCUUAAUGUCGUGUCUGUUUUUUUUUUUUAUUCAGACUGAAUUCACCUUGCCAUCUGCCAUGUGCAUUUAUGUGUGUGUGUGUGUGUGUGUGUGUGUCUUUUUCCCAUGUUUUCACUGCCAGUGAUCAUUUCAAAGCCUCUCUUGAUCAGCCAAAUCACUGACAACAUAAUAUGUUGGAUAAAGCAUGUCCUAAGAUGAGUGGUUAACUUUCCCUGAAGUGUUUUAUGGGAUCAGUGCAUUUUCCAAAUCAGAAUCCAGUCUGAAAGUUGGUAAUUCCCAAAUUGUCUGCUGGGUAUGUGCCAUAAGAGCAGUUAGCAAUGCUCAAUUUUUUUUUUUUUUUUUUUUAAAUUAGGAUUCAAAAGAUAUCUCUGGAGGCCAGGGCGACAGAUACCAGCACCUUUAAUUGACCAAUUCUGUGUUAAUAUUUUUUUUUAUCUCUAACAAGGAGCUGUUUGUUUUGUGUUUUACACAUGUUCAGUAUGGUGGUGGGAUUGUUGCAGUUUGGCUUCUGUUUGUGACAUUGUUGGUUUGGGACAGUACAAGUGAGGCACAAACGUGGUUCUUACACUGCCAAUACCUGCUUCUGUGUGUUGGACUUUGCCGUGGUCACAGCUUUGGACCAGAAACCGACAAUAUGAUACUGGUUAACUUUACGUGUCUGUGUGUGUGUCAGUGUGUGUCAGAUCUCGUGCAUCUGAUGGUCAGGUUGGAGUUUACCAACAGAGUCUGUUACUGAAUACACAGCAGUCAGUGUUCAAGAGGUUUUACAGUAGGAUUCUGGGAGUUUUAUGCAGCUGACAAAUGUUUGUUUCAUUUGGUGGUAAAAUAUAAAAGCUCAAGAGUCUCCAGUGUUGAGUUCAUUUCUGUUUUUUUUUUUUUAAGCGUAAAUGAAUUGACUGAAGCUUUGUUCAGUCUGAGACAAUAGAAUCCUUGAUUAUGUCAUAGUGAUGUUAUCAGAGUUAUUUUGGAUUGAUCUUGGAGGCUUUAAAUUGUAACAGAAAGCCUGUGUUACAAAUGAUGUAACGUGAUUGUGUUGCAUUAUGGGAAAUGUAGGGUAAGGCACUAGAAGGCAGGAUAUCUCUGACUCUGAUGCAUCUGUUUUUGUCAUUCUUUUAGUCUGUCUCCCAAAUUGAGUCCCCCAAAUUGAUGGAGUACUAUAAACUUUAAAACGACUAA